AUGAGCCCCGGGCUACUGCUGCUCGGCAGCGCCGUCCUGCUCGCCUUCGGCCUCUGCUGCACCUUCGUGCACCGCGCUCGCAGCCGCUACGAGCACAUCCCCGGGCCGCCGCGGCCCAGUUUCCUUCUAGGACACCUCCCCUACUUUUGGAAAAAGGACGAGGUUUGUGGCCGCGUGCUCCAAGAUGUGUUUUUGGAUUGGGCUAAGAAGUAUGGACCCGUCGUGCGGGUCAACGUCUUCCACAAAACCUCCGUCAUCGUCACGAGCCCUGAGUCGGUCAAGAAGUUCCUGAUGUCAACAAAGUACAACAAGGACUCCAAAAUGUACCGCGCACUCCAGACGGUGUUUGGUGAGAGACUGUUCGGCCAGGGCUUGGUGUCCGAAUGCAACUACGAGCGUUGGCACAAACAGCGCAGAGUCAUGGAUCUGGCCUUCAGCCGAAGGUGAGUGUGGCCAGAGGUGGGUGGCCUGGGUCCUGCCUGGUCAGAGGUGGCAGAGCCGCUGGUGGAGGGAGGAGAGCUCCAGGCAGAGGGGAUGNNNCCGGUGUCCAUGCAGGACAUGCUGACCUGCACCACCAUAGACAUCCUGGCCAAGGCAGCUUUCGGAAUGGAGACUAGCAUGCUGCUGGGUGCCCAGAAGCCUCUGUCCCAGGCAGUGAAGCUGAUGUUGGAGGGUAUCACCGCAUCCCGCAACACUCUGGCAAAGUUUAUGCCGGGGAAGAGGAAGCAGCUCCGUGAGAUCCGGGAGAGCAUCCGCUUUCUGCGCCAGGUUGGCAAGGACUGGGUCCAGCGCCGCCGGGAGGCCCUGAAGAGGGGCGAGGACGUCCCAGCCGACAUCCUCACACAGAUUCUCAAAGCUGAAGAGGGGGCCCAGGACGACGAGAUUCUGCUGGACAACUUCGUCACCUUCUUCAUCGCUGGUCACGAGACCUCUGCCAACCACUUGGCGUUCACGGUGAUGGAGCUGUCUCGCCAGCCAGAGAUCGUGGCGAGGCUGCAGGCCGAGGUGGACGAGGUCAUCGGUUCUAAGAGGCACCUGGAUUUUGAGGACCUGGGGAGACUGCAGUACCUGUCCCAGGUGCUCAAAGAGUCGCUGAGGCUGUACCCGCCGGCGUGGGGCACGUUUCGUCUGCUGGAAGAGGAGACCUUGAUCGACGGCGUCAGAGUCCCUGGCAACACCCCGCUCUUGUUCAGCACCUACGUCAUGGGGCGGAUGGACACCUACUUUGAGGACCCGCUGACUUUCAACCCCGAUCGCUUUGGCCCUGACGCGCCCAAGCCACGGUUCACCUACUUCCCCUUCUCCCUGGGCCAUCGCUCCUGCAUCGGGCAGCAGUUUGCUCAGAUGGAGGUGAAGGUGGUCAUGGCCAAGCUGCUGCAGAGGCUCGAGUUCCGGCUGGUGCCCGGGCAGCGCUUCGGAAUCCAGGAGCAGGCCACGCUCAAGCCGCUGGACCCCGUGCUCUGCACCCUGCGGCCCCGGGGCUGGCAGCCCGCGCCCCCACCGCCGCCCUGCUGAGGGCCCCAGGCAGGACGAGACUCCUUGGGCCAGGGCCGCGCCCGCCCUCCUCUCUGCCCCGUCCCCCAGCCACCCUCCACGCUGGCUCCCAGCGGGGCCCCUGCCAGCCGCCUGCU